UGCUCUUUCGCUGCUAGUUGUUGCAUCCUUGAUCGAGAUCUUUGCGUGCAUCCCUGAAGGUAAUUACUCUUCAGUCCAGUUUACUGGAAAGGUUUUUGAUUUAACUGCUCUGCUGUAAACUUUUAACUUGAUACGCUCUGAACGAGACCAAGUUACUUUUUCAUCUAUUGCUUGAACUGUGUACUAGGUAUUUGAUUCUUGUAAUUUUUUUUUUUAUUAUUAAUGCAAUGUUAAUAAACAGAACAAGACAAGACAUACAAGCAGUAAACAAACUAUCAAAACAAAGAGACAUUAUGAUAUCAAAUACAUUAAGAGAGGAGAUAUGAAAAGAAAUAACAUUAUUUUACAUUAGUCUUAAAGAAAAAAAGAGAAGGAAAGAGAGAUGAGGGCAUACAAGAAAAAAUAAAACAUUAAGGAAGAAUAUUAAACAUGCUACAAAUUCUAGAUGUUUUCAUUGCUUUCUUAUUGAGAGAUGUUGAAAUUGUAUUUAAAUACAUCUUCAAUUCUUCUUUGAAAAAGCUAUACAAGACUGCCCUGUUAAGUUUGGAUACACUGAAGUAUCAUAAUCUGUAACCUUUUAUUAUUUUGCUACAAAUACUAAUUAUUGUGUAACCAGUAUUUUGAUCGUUUGUAUAAAUACAUUUUCAUUUUAUAAAGACGGAAGUGUUUUAUUUUUUACUUCAGUGUACAUGAAACAGUUCUAUAAGCAGUAGCUAGUCAGAGCAUUAGAAUCAUUCUUGCGAGAUCAAGAAGUCAUCAGGACCCCACGGAAUCUUCUCCUAGGAGGGUGAGUAUGAAUUGAAUUGAUGGUUCUUGGGAAUAAGUUAUUGUUUCACAUGAGUGUAGGGAUACACCUAGAUUUACUGGUAUAGGUUAAAUGGGCUAUGAAGGAUAGUUAUACAAAAAUUCUGACCUGACAGCAAAAGGCCACCUGGCCACUUCGAUACCAGGGGCUCUUCAGGAGUUGAGGUAAUACCAGAUCUCACCACAAUAUACAACUUAUUUGAAACGUAUAGAUGUAUUUUAAACAAAUAUAUUGAUGUGAAAACAUGUUAUUGGUCAUUUAAGUUACUGAUUUAAUAGCUUUUUUCCAUUUAACUACGGACUUGUUUGUUUUGUAGGCAACUCUAGUUCAGUGAACUAAGCAACUUUAACGAUUCUAAAAUCUCCUUAUAUCUUGCCUUUCAGAGUGUAACGGUGGCAGCUGUAGUUCUUUCAGUGACAUUUGGACGAAUAGCUUUAUAUUAUUCCACAGUAGAUUCAUCAGCGUACAUCCAACUGAAACUUCAGCGGCAUGGCAUUUGUUGUUGUUUGACAGGUGGUUGCCAUGAUACCGCAGGACCCUUGAAAAGACCUUCCAUGAAUAGCUGUUCAACGGCAUGCCUUUAUGAAAACCAACUCGCCUUGUCGUCUAAAACAUCAUAUGGGUUGCAUUAAAUUCACGUGUGUAUGUUCAAAUAAAUCACGUUUUUUGUUUAAUAUUUUAAACGUUAGAUUGCUCUGUUAUGAUUUAACAAUUGUCUUUUCCCCUCUUGGCAGUUAACGCUAGGGCUACUGAAUUGCACCACCGAGUGUCUUGUUUUUCUAAAACAAGCGUCUCUUUUUUACUCAACUUGUUGAACAAAAUGUCUUGAUCAUUGACCGUAGGGUUAGAAGUGACCUUGCUUUUGAAUAUACGAACGUGCUUUUAACUGUAAACAUGUCAUAAACUUAGUAUUUUCAAUGAAAAAACAACAACAUUAUUCUUUAAAUCAUAAUUAUGAUAAUUCUUUAAAACUAAAAACUAAUGUAAUGCAUAUGUUUGAGCCAUGAUGAACAAAGUUUAAACGAGUUUCAGUUAUUAAAUAAUAUAUCAAUGUGUUUUUAUGUCAGGCGAUACAGCCAAAUAUGGAUAUAGUUGUACCACCUGACAGGGAAAAUGUACCAACCCUACCCAGACUUGAAAUGAGCAGUGUUUACCAGUAUUUGAGAGAUCUACAAACCUUUUCACUCUGCCACAAGGAUCAGUUGGACUCCUUUGGAUGAUGCAUUAUAAUAUUUAUUAUCAUUAGCUUGUCAAUUCAUAAUAAAAUAGUUUGCAGUUGUGCCACUCUGACAUUUGAGAAUAUACAAAUUGUUGGACAAAAGUUAUUCAAUUAUCUCAACAUCUUUAAAACUACUGAUAUUUAUAAAACGUGUUUAUAUGGAUUAAAACCUAAAAUGAUGCCAUAUUUAGUUUUUAACUUUGUAUUAUUAGGACACCAUUUUAAAUAGUUAUUUUUGUUAAUUUGUUCACCACCUUGAAGUUUUGGGGGUAACUUUAAGAUAGGAAAACACACAAUAAUAUGUAUUAUUUACAUGUACUAAAAAGGAAUUCAAACUAAAUUGGUUUUAAAGAGUAACGUGAUAUAUGUCAUUAAUUUGUCAAAUUAUUUUAAAAGACAAUAAAGUACUUGGACAAAAAAUAUGCACACCAUGUUAUGAACCCUAACACAGAAAACAAUCAGUACACUUAAAAUAAGUCAAGUCAAUAAGGUAAAACUACUGCUUCACAGACCAAGAGUUUGGGACAAGGAUUACAUGAAGUCUGUUACAUAAAUAGCUGAAAGUGAGAGAAUGAUAUGCCCGAGUCUAGUAGUGGGAUGAAUUUAUCACCACACAUUUUAAUAAAUGACAAACCACCGAGUCACUGAUUCGAGAUUGUUUCAUUUCGAAAUUGUUUACUUUCAUACAAAUCAAGUAGCCACAUACAUAAAAACUACAAAUCCUAGCCUGCGUUUUACAGCCCCAGUUGAAUUAGGUAUGGGUCAUGUAGUUGACGGCACUUCCCUCAUGUCAGCCGCGUGCACUGCGCAGGCUUUGUGUUCGACUACAGUACCCACACGUCACUGUCGAGAGCGAGCGAGCGAGCCGCUGUUAUCCGGGGAAAUCUCUCUCUCCCCGCUGCUGUGUGUGUGUGUGUGUUUCUCCUUAGUCUAGCGCUGUCUCCUUUUUAGCGGAUUGGCACAACAGGGUAGGAUUACUAGAAGGAAUACAAAAACAUAAGCAAAAAAUGGCAGAGCUUGGAGUGGGGAGCCUGCUAACAGGAGAUCCUGCUUUUAAUUAUCAAGAGCAUGAGCUAAGCGAGCGUUUGAAGCGACUGUACCCGGCCGUGAAUGAGGAAGAGAACCCCUUACCCCGAUCUUGGAGCCCCAAGGAUAAGUACAGCUACAUCGGGCUCUCACAGAAUAAUCUGCGGGUGCAUUACAAAGGCCACGGAAAAAACCACAAGGAUGCAGCGUCGGUUCGGGCCACCCAUCCCAUCCCCGCUGCUUGUGGCAUCUACUACUUCGAGGUGAAGAUCGUAAGCAAAGGAAGAGAUGGGUACAUGGGAAUUGGACUGUCUGCCCAGGGGGUAAACAUGAACAGACUGCCUGGUUGGGACAAGCACUCCUAUGGUUAUCAUGGGGACGACGGACACUCCUUUUGUUCCUCAGGGACUGGUCAACCUUAUGGCCCGACCUUCACAACGGGUGACGUCAUUGGCUGCUGCGUUAACCUCAUCAAUAACACAUGCUUUUACACCAAGAACGGACACAGUUUAGGUGUGGCUUUCACAGAUCUGCCACCUAACCUGUACCCCACAGUAGGGCUGCAGACUCCAGGGGAGAUAGUAGAUGCUAAUUUUGGCCAACAGCCUUUUGUGUUUGACAUUGAGGACUACAUGAGCGAAUGGAGGGCCAAGAUCCACAGCAUGAUCGCCCGCUUCCCCAUCGGAGAAAGACUGGGAGACUGGCAGGCGGUUCUGCAGAAUAUGGUGUCCAGCUACCUGGUGCAUCAUGGGUAUUGUGCCACAGCAAUGGCCUUUGCCAGAACCACAGAGACCAUGAUCCAAGAGGACCAAACCUCAAUAAAAAACAGACAGAGAAUACAGAAACUGGUAUUGGCAGGACGUGUUGGAGAAGCCAUUGACGCAACACAGCAGUUGUACCCCGGACUCCUAGAACACAACCCCAAUUUACUCUUCAUGUUGAAGUGUCGGCAGUUUGUAGAGAUGGUGAAUGGUACGGAUAGUGAGGUACGGUGCUUUAGUGUCCGCUCUCCUAAAUCACAGGACAGCUAUCCCGGCUCCCCCAACAUGAGCCCCCGGCACGGAGCCACCAACGCUCACUUGCACAGCACAGGAGCAGACAGUCCCACAUGCAGUAACGGGGUCACCCCACCUAACAAAAAUAAGAGCCACAACAAAUACACAGGCGUAAGCUCCGCCUCCUCUUCUCCAUCCUCUUCUCCCUCCUCUGUCAAUUACUCCGAGUCCAACUCUACCGACUCCACCAAGUCCCAGCCACACAGUGCCACCAGCAACCAGGAGACUAGUGAUAGUGAGAUGGAGAUUGAGGCAGAACAUUACAGCAAUGGCGUGACAGAAAGCUCAACUCGCAUUAUGAAUGGCACGUACAAGCACCAGGAAAUCCUACAGGCUGAUGACAGCAGUGUUGGCAAUGGAGUAGCAGAUGACAGCUGCAGCUCCAGACAGCUGUGUGGAGGAAACCAGGCGGCCACAGAGAGAAUGAUCCAGUUCGGCAGAGAGCUUCAGGCCCUCAGCGAGCAGCUCUGCCGACAGUACGGCAAGAACGCCACUCACAAAAAGAUGCUGCAGGAUGCAUUCAGUCUUCUGGCGUACUCGGACCCCUGGAACUGCCCCGUGGGCCAGCAGUUGGACCCCAUGCAAAGAGAGGCGAUCUGCUCUGCUCUCAACAGCGCUAUUCUGGAGUCUCAGAAUCUGCCCAAGCAGCCUCCUCUCAUGCUGGCUCUUGGUCAGGCCACCGAGUGCGUGCAGCUGAUGGCCAGGGUUCGCUCCGGUUCCUGCUCCUUCGCCAGAGUCGACAACUUUUUGCACUAGCACUAGUCCAGGUGAGAGCACCAAGGCAAUGUUCAGGACGGCUACAAAUAGGACUUUCCAGUCGUUUGCCAUGACGAGAACAUGCGUUUGAAUUGGUGUGUCGCUUGCCGUUUGCCAGAAGCAGCCGAAGCAGAAUGAAUAGAAACAUGAGAAGAGAGGCUUCUUUUUAAAUUAGUAUUAUCAAAUACAAAUUGUGUGACACUAUUUAAAGAUAAUUAAUUAUUCUGUUUAUCUAGUCAUUUUUAUUUUAGUUCAUAUUUUGUCCGUUUGUUGUGCUCAUUUUGAAACGAAUCAACUUCCCAACCUUUGUUUUUUUUUUUUUUUUUUUUUUCAUGGGUGAAUUUAGUGCAUAGUAUUUCAAGCGUACCAUAUCAACAAUAUACAUAAUGGUAAGUUCCUACUGAAAAUUUGAGCUACGCACUCUGGUUUUUCUCAGUCAGAGCUCAGGUAUUUCGACAAAUGUUCUUUUAUUUGCUUCACCAGACCAUACUGUGGAUUUUAAAGCAGGUCCUUUUUCUAUGUACAAGCAAAUUCUACAGAUUAUUUUUAUUAUUAUUUGGUCAACCUAAGCUGCCCCUUUAGGAAUUAGAUGAACGUCGUAGUUGUGCAUACAGAAGUUUGGCGACCUUCCGAUGUUUUCAUUGGAGUAAGUGUGUGAUUUGAGGGUGAGAUAAUGCAUGGCUCAUAUAGUGUCUCACCUUUUAAGCUACUUUAGCAUCUCAGGCACCAGCACAAGUUUCACUAGACACAAUCACACAGUGACGACGCAGACUUGCCUUUGGGUCCAAUGUAGAUGAAUUAUAUUUUCAAUCAUAGCCCUAAAUGGAUCUAUUUUACCGAUAUUUUACCAUCUUUAUAGCUGUGGGUUUCAUGCAAAUGUCAACCUUCACUUUUUUUUAAGUUAGGUAUAUUGUGGUUUUCCAACUUUUAUGGCUGUACCAAAUAAAAAGGCAGUUUUUGACAAAAGAAAUUUAAGGUUAGUUUGAUUACUGAGAAGCUCACAGACUAACUUCAUAUACCAAGUCUGUACAUUUUAUGCCCAUGUGAAUAGUGUCACUGUGUCGAUAGUUCUCCUGUUAGAUUAAUAACUAUACAGACUGACACCGUUUCAACUUUUGUUAUUGGUUGUUUCAUUGGCUGUUGAGUACCGUUGUUCAAGUUUUGUUACCAUUGGAUGCACUGUACUUGGAUUAAUGCACAUGACGCAUUACUGUAUCCGUCUACCUCUCCUGUUCAUUAAUGGAGGGACAGAGUAUGAACUUGCAGCAUGCAAGACAAU